ACGUGUGAUUUCGUACCCUUGAUGUUUCGGUGUCGGCGGCGACUGUCGGAGCCGCAAAGUUUGUCGAGUUUCUCCGCGUAACGUCGCUGUUCUCAGCCGGCAGCUGUUGUUAACAGCUGUUGAAAUUUACUUUUUGUCUUGUUUGAAGUAGUUUUUAUAAACUACAGGAGGACCUUUCUCGCUUUUACCAGCCGCUUUUUCUAAAGGAAGCGGCUGACAGAGACCGUGACUUUAACAGACGGGAAGCUAACCGAGCUAACUGCUAAUCUGCCUGUGACAGCGCCGAAACUUGUUCGCAGCACCUUUUUCUGUUAUUCUGCUUCUUUUUUUGAGAGCUUUUCGUUUUUUGUUUUAUCGAAUCUCACUGACCGAAACUUCCAAACUUUUAAUUCAGUAAACGAAAAUGGAGCCCGAAAGUAGCAGCUAGCAGUCAACCGUUAAAAGUUUCCGCUUUCUAAAAAAGUUCGCCCCACGGUUUCCGCCUGAGCCAGCUCUCGUUUAUCUCUCCGGGGAGUUUUAUCAGUCCGCCAGGAUGCCCGGAGACUCCACCGUCAACUUUAACCUCCUUCACCGGACCUGUAAGCUGGUGGUGCUGCUCUGCUUCCUCCACAUCUCCGUCACCGUCGUCUUCUACGUCCGCUCUCUGGACAUCCGCUUCGCUUUCGUCCAGAACCAGCAGUCGCACGAACACACGGCCACACAGUCACACCGGCCCGGAGACACCGGAGACACCGGCCUCACCGGGGAGUCCGAGCCCAAGGCGGCCGAGAGCAAGACGGAGGGAGCGGCGGAGGUCCAGCCGGAGACGAAGGCAGAGGAACCGGGGGGAAAGGCAGAGGAGCCGGGGGAGAAGGUAGAGGAACCGGAGAAGGCGGCAGAGGAACCGCAGAAGGAGGCAGAGGAACCGGAGAAGAAGCUAGAAAAAUGCCCUGAAACAUCACCGCUGCUGGUGGGUCCCCUGCGGGUGGAGUUUAACACUCCCGUCAGCCUGGAGCAGAUUAAGAAGGACAACCCCAACCUGCAGCCGGGCGGACGCUCCAGACCGAAAGACUGCGUGGCGCUGCAGAAGGUCGCCAUCAUCAUCCCCUUCCGCAAACGAGACGAACACCUCAAGUACUGGCUGUACUACCUGCACCCCAUCCUGCAGAGGCAGCAGCUGGACUACGGAGUCUACGUCAUCAACCAGGACGGAGAACAGAUAUUUAACCGAGCCAAGCUGCUGAACGUGGGCUACACCGAGGCUCUGAAGGAGUACGACUACGAGUGUUUCAUCUUCAGCGACGUCGACCUGAUCCCCAUGGACGACCGCAACACCUACAAGUGUUUCAGCCAGCCGCGACACCUGUCUGUGUCCAUGGACAAGUUCGGCUUCAGGUUACCGUAUAAUCAGUAUUUUGGAGGCGUUUCCUCGAUGAGUAAAGAACAGUACCUGAAGAUCAACGGCUUCCCCAACAACUACUGGGGCUGGGGAGGAGAGGACGACGACAUCUACAACAGGUUGGCGUCUAAAGGCAUGUCCAUCUCCAGGCCGAGCGGCGAGGUGGGAAAAUGUCGAAUGAUCCGACACGACCGAGAUAAAAAGAACGAGCCGAAUCCUCAGAGGUUCGACCGGAUCGCUCACACCAGAGAGACCAUGUACAAAGACGGGAUCAACUCUCUGUCCUACCGAGUGGUGAAGACGGAAAAGUUUGAUCUGUUCACUAAGAUCACAGUGGACGUUGGGAAACCAUGACGACGGCGGAUCAGCUGACAGCAGGAUCACAUGCAGUAAAAACCAAACGUGCCUUUGACACUUGAAUCUUUCUUCUCUUUUUGUUUUUGCACCACCGAUCACAGACUGGAGGUCGGUGCUGUUUCUCUCUGCUGGGCCUGCAGGACUCGUCACUGAUUGGACGACCGUGACCAAUCAGCUGUCUGCGUCUGCCAGUCGGACGCCGCUGCUGCUGCUGCUUCCUGCACCAGCCUUUUAUUCUGAAAAUCAGUCAGAGACAAUCGGAGUGGGUCACAUGGUGUGGGUGUACAGCUGGGGGAUUAUGGGUAAUGAGUCCUGCUUCUGAUCCAGAGACGAAAACCAAAACGUUUUAGUGUGAAAAUUAUCUCAAAGUUCACUUUCUAGUGUUACUAGCUUUUUUUCUGGAGCUUUCAGCCAUAUCUCUCAGUCUUCUUCAGAGAGUGGAACUGUCUCCAUGACAACCCAGCAGACUCCACCCGCUGAAGAAGAUGGUGAGAUGAGAGUAAAAGCCAGUAAGUGUGUGUGUUAGUGCUGAGCAGGUUGUUUACACGCUGAGCUCUGAUUGGCUGGUUAAUUUGCUCACAACAGUGACGUACAAACGAUAUCUGACUCUCAGGAAUCUCCGUUAAAUCCUCCUGUUUUCAUUCUGAGCGACCAUGUGUGUGUGUAUAUAUAUACACACACACACACACACAUAUAUAUAUAUA